ACCAUAUGAUGGCAUAGGGUUGCUAGAGGGCUGUGUUCGAUUGGUAGAUUUGGCUUCCGCACGAUUCUGUGCGAGCCUUUGUAAACAACGCCUUUGGUUUUAAGUAGAAACGGCAAUAGAUUAGCAGAAAGUCUGUUACAGCUAAUUUCAGGUGUUUGCUGAUUUUCUUGGCCCGACAGUUUUCUUCGUUAGCAUAAACCGAAUAACCAUAGUAUUAAACAAAGGCUAUGAUGGAGAACGGUGACACUACUAUGCAGUAUGGUGAAGAUAGUUACAUGGAGCAAGAAGAGGAAUGGGAGCGCGAAGGCCUAUUGGAUCCUGCAUGGGAAAAACAACAAAAGAAGACCUUCACAGCUUGGUGCAACAGCCACUUACGUAAAGCUGGUACAUCUAUUGAAAAUAUUGAAGAUGACUUUCGAAAUGGGCUCAAACUCAUGCUGUUGCUAGAGGUUAUCUCUGGUGAAACAUUGCCGAAGCCCGAUCGCGGUAAAAUGCGAUUUCACAAGAUUGCUAACGUCAAUAAAGCGUUAGAUUUCAUUGCAUCGAAAGGAGUAAAAUUGGUUUCCAUAGGAGCAGAAGAAAUUGUUGAUGGCAAUCUAAAAAUGACGCUAGGUAUGAUCUGGACUAUUAUUCUUCGUUUCGCAAUCCAGGACAUAUCAGUUGAAGAAAUGACUGCCAAAGAAGGACUACUACUUUGGUGUCAGCGCAAAACUGCCCCUUACAAGAACGUUAAUGUUCAGAACUUUCAUCUUAGUUUCAAGGAUGGUCUAGCAUUUUGUGCUUUGAUUCACCGACACAGACCUGAUUUGAUCGAUUACUCUAAACUAUCUAAGGACAAUCCGCUUGAGAACCUAAACACAGCUUUUGAUGUUGCAGAAAAAUAUCUAGAUAUUCCACGAAUGCUGGAUCCAGAUGAUUUGAUCAACACACCGAAGCCCGAUGAACGCGCCAUCAUGACCUAUGUGUCAUGUUAUUAUCAUGCUUUUCAAGGAGCUCAACAGGUUGGAUCCAAUUGUACAAAUGAAAAAGAUCAAAGCAAGAGUCACACUCACCAUUAUGAUAACUCAUAUUACUUUAAUUGUUACGAUUUGGCCAUUGGCUACCAGCUAAUUAAUGCUUACUGUUAUCUCCGAGUAUAUUGUUUAUAAUGUCAUUCAUUUGUG